UAUAAAAAGAUCACCUAAGGCGGCACCUUCGUAUUCAGUUUUGCUAAGAUCCUUCGCAACCAUUGAUAAAGAUGAAAACACUUCUCGCUACCCUUUUGAUAGCGCUGUGUCUCGUGCUGUGCACUACCGUAGCUUUUGGUUUCCCGGUUGCGCAGGGCGGUGGGCUUGCGGAUAUUUCAAAAAUGACUGUGAACAUGGGCGAUUUGGUGGAUCCCGAAAAGAUGAAGUCGGCUGUUAGCGAUAUCCUGAAGCAAAUUCAGGGUGGUGUCAACAAAGCAAUGGAAUCGAUGCCACAGAUGGGAAGAUAAACCGGAACAGAUAGACACGGACCGUUCGGCAGUUUUUCCUAAAAGUUUAUUGUUGCAAUAGUAUACAAUAAUGAGUAUUUGAAUAAAAUUACGUAACUAACA